AUCCGGUUCGGUUCCGUCGUCCACUCUCGUUCCCCAGUUCGCUGGACCAUCUCAAAAUCCUAUCCUCCUCUCCUUCCCUCCGUAUCUCAUCCGGCCGAUUCGAAUCUCCGGUCCCAUCCUCUACGGCUUCACCCCGCGCCCAAUCCAGUCUGUACGUGAAUCUUGACAGGGGAGAGAAGAAUCGGAUAAGGAGACCUGCACCUUCCUCCGAGCAAAGCAGGAGAGGAAACAAGAAUAGAGGAGGAGAUGGCCAUGCCCACCUUACGCCUUGCUCCUGACCUGCCGCCCGUAUCCCGCCUCUGCUUCGGGACAAUGACGAUGGGAGAGCAGAGCGGGGCGGCGUGCUCGCUCCGCCUCCUCGACGCCGCCUACGACGCCGGCGUCAACUUCUUCGACUCCGCAGAGAUGUACCCAGUCCCACAGCGCAGUGAGACGCGCGGGCGUAGCGAGGAGCUCCUCGGCCGCUGGUUGCGGGCCCGCCGGGCCCCACGGGACAGCGUCGUCGUCGCAACCAAAGUCGCGGGGCCUUCAGGGCAGAUGACGUGGAUUCGCGGCGGGCCGACAUCUCUCGAUUCACAGAACAUCGCAGAGGCAAUCGAUGGCUGUUUGCGCAGGCUGGGUGUGGACUACAUCGACCUCUACCAGAUACACUGGCCGGAUCGGUAUGUUCCAAUGUUUGGGGAGACAGAGUAUGAUCCGAACUGCCAGUACACGUCUGUUCCAAUGGAAGAGCAACUGGAGGCUCUCGGAAGAGCAAUAGAUGCUGGCAAGAUUAGGUACAUUGGCCUUAGCAAUGAGACACCAUAUGGUUUGAUGAAAUUUCUUCAGUUGAGUAAGGAUUCUCAGUUGCUUCCAAAGCUACUGACACUGCAGAACUCGUAUAAUUUGUUGUGCCGAAAUUUUGAUUCUGGAUUGGCAGAAUGCUGCCAUCAUGAGAGAAUUAGCUUGCUGGCUUAUAGCCCAAUGGCAAUGGGUAUACUUUCAGGAAAGUAUCACUUAUCUGAUAAUUGUGGUCCGCCAGACGCAAGAAUGAAUCUUUUCAAAGGGAGAUACUCUGAAGGUGAAUCCCGGUACAAACUGCAGAGCCCCAAAGUGAAAGCAGCUGUGAAGGAAUACACACAGAUUUCUGCAAAGUAUGGCAUUUCUCCAGUGACCUUAGCGAUUGCAUUUGUCUUGAGACAUCCACUUGUGGCAUCGGCUGUUUUCGGUGCGACUAAAUUGUGGCAGCUUGAUGAAGUUCUUCAGGCAACUACAGUCCAUCUUUGUGAGGAAAUUGUUGCUGAGAUCAAUGAUGUACAUGCAAGAUACCCUAACCCUUGCCCAUAAAAUUUUGCAAAAAAAAAACUUUAUUUAGCAUCACAUGGAUCCUUAUUUAUCAUCGAGAGAUAUUUUUUUCCAAUAUAGCACUGGGUAUGUUUUUUCCCAA